AUGAGUGAGCUGGCCGCUGAAUUGGAGUCCUUCCGCCUUCAGUACCCAUUUGAUGAUGCAGCCUACAAUUAUAUUGUGAACUCCAGCUUGGAGGUGCAGAAGGAGGUGCUGCACGACUUCAGGCCGAAGAACGAGGGUGAGCAGGACUAUUCUGCCUUAAUCAUCAGCUUCACGAAGAAGCGGCGACAGUUUGCACUUGAACGGCGGCAUAGAUUUGUUCCUCGCGCGGAUGUCGUGGUGCCUCAACUGCACCCCCACGUCGACAUCCCAGUGUCGCGAGAAGAACUGGAGGCUUUCAGAGUUCGGUAUCCAUGUGAUGAGGACGCUUUCAGGUACGUUGCAUCCUCGCCUCCAGAGGUUCAAAGGCAAAUCAUUCAAACCUUCAAACCUCCACGAGAGGGUGAGGAGGAUUAUUCCGCACUGGUCAUCACCUUCGCCAAGAGGUGCCGGAACUCCUCGCAGACCCACAUCCAGACGCACAUCCAGACGCAGGCAAGAUGA